AUGCAUCCAGCAUUCCCUAAUGAGAGUCUCAUCGACCUCACACGUGCAGAGGAGGUCGAAAGGAGGCGGCGGAAGGCAGCAGCAACAGCAACAGCAGCAGCAGCAGCAGCAGCAACAGCAACAGCAGCAGCAGCAGCAGCGGCGAAGACAGAAGCGCUUUGGACUGCGCAGGAGAGAGCAGUCUAUCCUACUGCCACGCAUGCAGCAGCAGCAGCGCCAGGCGCUGCUUCUUCUGCUGCUGCUGCUUCUGCUGCUGCUGCUUCUGCUGCUGCUGCUUCUGCUGCUGCUGCUUCUGCUGCUGCUGUUGAUCAACAACAACAACAACCUCAGCAACAACAACAGCAACAGCAACAGCAACAACAGCAACAGCAGCAACAGCAGCAGCAACAUCUGCCAUUUCUGAUAGGCAUGCCGCUGUUUGCGGGCAGCAUCAGCUUUGCGGAGACAGCCGAAAACGCAGCUUUAGGAGGAAGGCUACCUCCUGAGGCAGGGAGUGGUGUUUCUUCCGCUGCUCGGAGGUUUGAACGACUGCAAACAUCGCGCGAGCGAGAGAGGCGACAGCAGGAGGCAGCGCUGCCGUUGCUGCUGCAGGGAAUGACCUCUAGCAGUCGAGGAUUGGGGAGUUCGCGUGUGGCAGCAAACGGAGAGGCAGCAAGAGCUUUGCAUGCUGCAGCAGACGCAGCUUCAGACUCUUCUGGAACCUACUUGCACGCAGCCUGUAGACGACACGAAAGUGAGAGAAACGCUGCGGGCAGCAGCUCAACAGCCGAGGCAGCAGCAGCAGCAGCUGAGGAGGAAACACCGCACUGCACACACCGCGCCGACAGACGCGAGGCAGCGUCCUCUCGUGCUGCGUUUGUAAAACAAUCUUGA